ACGUGCAUAUUUUAUGCUUCCCCACACACACACACACACACACACACACACACACACACACACACACACACACACACACACACACACACACACACACACACAGCGUGAUCUCCCCUCUCCUCUGAGGGGGGAAACACUCAGAGUAGAGGACUGAACUCAGCGCGCGCGCUCACACCCACCUUUCUGAAAGUUGUGGCGAGAGAAUGGCGCAGGGGCGCGAUGCUCCGCGCGCUUCUCCAGCGCGCCACUCCUGAGCCCUUCAAAAUCUUCUUCAUCAUCAUCUUCAUCAUCAUUAUCACUGAACACCUGCAACAUACACACACUCACACACUCACUCAUACACACUUAUACACACUCAAACACACAACGGGAGCAGGGGAGCGUGAGAGUGCAGGAGCGCGAGGCUCUGUACUCGCCAUGAUCGCGCGCUCUGCGCUCCGGUAUCUGCUGCUCUGCGCGCUUUUCCCUCCGCGAGCGGCGCGAGACUCACCGAGACAGUGCGGCAAACCCAGCACGCAGAAAGAGAUGAACUCCUUCCUGUGGACAGUGAAGCGUCCCUCCCCUCACCCCCCGUCUUACCUGUUCGGGACCAUUCACGUCCCGUACACGCGAGUGUGGGACUACAUCCCCGAGAACUCUAAACAGGCCUUUCAGAGCAGCUCCAGCGUCUUCUUCGAGCUGGACCUCACCGACCCUCUCACCAUCUCCAAACUCACCAGCUGCCAGCUGCUGCCCAACGGCGAGAACCUGCAGAGUCUGCUGCCGCGGGACCUGUACCGGAGGCUGAAGCGCCACCUGGAGUACGUCAAGCACAUGAUGCCCUUCUGGAUGACGGCGGACCAGCGGGGGCGUGGCCUGUACGCCGACUACCUCUUCAACGCCAUCGCGGGGAACUGGGAGCGGAAGCGGCCCGUGUGGGUGAUGCUGAUGGUGAACUCUCUGACGGAGUCGGAUAUCCGGUCCCGGGGGACGCCCGUACUGGAUCUGUUCCUGGCGCAGGAGGCCGAGCGGAUGGGGAAGCAGACAGGGGCGGUGGAGAACGUGGAGGAACAGUGUCACCCUCUCAAUGGACUCAACUUCUCCCAGGUGCUGUUUGCUCUGAAUCAGACGUUGAGGCAGCAUGAGGGCGUGCGAGAGGGCAGCACACAGGGCCAGAGUGCAUUCAGCACUGAGGAUCUCAUCACACACUACAACUGUGGAGACCUGAGCUCCAUCAUCUUCAACCACGACACCUCACAGCUCCCUCAUUUCAUCAACAGCACUCUGCUGGAUCACGAACGCUCCACAGCUCAGCAGAUAGACAGUUACCUCCGUCAGGAGCUGAUCUACAAGCGGAAUGAGCGAAUGGCACGCCGCAUUUCAGCUCUGCUUCAAACCAGUCCAUCCCAGAGCUUCUUCUUCGCUUUCGGUGCAGGUCACUUCCUGGGCAACCACAGUGUGCUGGACAUCCUGCGUCAGGAGGGCUACCAGGUGGAACACACUCCAGCUCAGGAGCUUAUCACACAAAGCUGGGCUGAGGUGGGUGAUACCACUCCGACUCUGGUAAGGGGGAGCACAGAGCCUGAAACAGAUGAAACAGAGUGGCCAUCAGAACCUCCAGAGCUGGAGGAGGACCUGCCUCACCUGCUGCUACCUGACAGUCUGAGCCAGCUGGAGGAGUUCGGGAGACACAAGCGCCCCCACAAGGCCCACCGAGGGCACAGCCGGCAGCGGCUGUUUAGCGACCUGUGGGUGCGAAUUGGAGACAGCUCAACUCCACUUCCGAAUGUCAGGAUAACAAAUGGCUACGUGACGGUGGAGCCUCCUCUAACACAGCAGGAACACAGGAAGAGGACGUUCCUCACUGAUUCAGAGGAGACCUUACUCCCAGCUUCAGCUUCACCCAGACCCAGCAGCCUGUUCCCAGCCCUGCUCACCUGCCUCCUCUCACACCUGCUGCUGCUGUUCACCUCCUAACCACUGGAGACAGUCACUCACACACACACACACACACACACACACGCUCGGAUACACCUAAUCAAACCCAGGCCACACAUAAACACUUACUGUACAUUCAGAAAGACUCUAAUGAUAAAUGGGCCUGUAGCAGAAGAUCAGGCUUCAGAAAGCUAUUUUGAUAUUUUAUAUAUAUAUAUAUUGCAAAUGUGGAACUGAGUACAAAUAAGUAGUAUUUAUCUGCCUGGUUUUGUAGACAGCCCAUAAUAUCAUCAGAGCAAACUGAUGAGCAAACACUUUAUUAAACAAUAAAGUGUUAAGCAAUAAAUAGACCAGUGUAUUAGUUAAAUAAUAAUAAUAAUAAUAAUAAUAAUAAUAAUAAUAAUAAUAAUAAUAAUAAUGUGAUGGUGUAACUGAAAUACAACCUAUGUUUUGUAAAUUGUGCAUUUUGUUCAUAAAGAAAUGUGUAUAUUUAUUAUUUCUUGCAGAGUAUAU